GGCGGGCCCGUUGUGACCAUGACAAGACUGGCGAUCCCCGCACCCGUGGUCAACAAGAUGGGUUUACUCUCUACAAGGUGCCUCGCCAGGGACAAGGUCAUUAACAGCUCGUACGGCUUGAGCCAAUGCCGGGCCCUGUGCGUGUGCUCGUGAGGAAACGUCAACGAUGAUGGGGUCUUGCCAUCAGAUGACGAGGAUCGUUGCAAGACUGCACCAUUGAGUUGGUGUGCACAUCCUGAGGAGCUUCGGCAGCUUGGCCGGCAUAGAUUAUGAUAGAAAUGCCAAUGAGAGAAGCCCUUGCAAGCUUGAACCAAACGAGAAUCGAGAUUGGCCUCUGGUUGGAGGUUCACUGGAAUAGUAUUAUUCCAUCCGAUAUGCCUCCGCACGGCUUGCUAGCGGUGGCCGGCGACGAAGCAAAGACUGCUGCACGACCCAUGCGGAGACAAGGAUUUCUCACACCGAACAUCACGGUGACCGUCGGAGGUGUGUUGAGGAAUCUCGGAAUGUCGCAGUCGAGCCUCCAAAGGCCACUGUUGGGGAUGGGUUUUCAACCUAGGCGAGUUUUCGGAUUGUUGUAGCCUUUCUUAGAAGCCUGGGCUCACAGGACUUGGCGCUUAAACCGAGCAGAGGUCGCCUAUGUGACGAUGGUUUGGGAACUAUGGGAACUUCACUGGCAGUACUGCAACCGAGCUCAUGUUUUGGAUAGACGACUUUGAUGACGGCCAAUGUUGUAUAGUCACACAGGUGGAACACCAGGAACCUUUCGCCUUGGAGUAAGAAGAAGCUGAAGCUGCAGCAUCGACGUUUGAUUCGAACAAGUGUGUGAAGAUACUUGUCAAUGAGAUAACAGCUAGCAAUUGCAUGCUGUGGUCCGAAA